GGCAAAGUGGUCUGGCUGCUUCAGGAUAGGUGGAGGAGAGUUUGCUCUCAUUGCACGGAAUGUUCCACCGUGUUUCAUCUUUAUUCAUUGUCCUUUGUUCUUUAUAAUCUGAUAUAUUGCUGUAAAAGUAAAUGUAGAUAUAUACGUGAAUGUGAUUUAUUUUCCUUUCAAUCUGUUUAUUGUGUACAGCAGGGCAUAUACUUCUCUUGUCUUGGUUGGAUGCACAAAUCUGUGUGCAGUGCUUUUUUGCCCGUUGCCUAGACGAUCACUUGGUUUCUCUGAGGAUGUCUGGUUCUCGUAAAGAGUUUGAUGUGAAGCAGAUUUUGAAAAUCAGAUGGAGGUGGUUUGGCCAUCAAGCAUCAUCUCCUAAUUCUACAGUUGACAGCCAGCAGGGAGAAUUUUGGAAUCGAGGACAGACCGGAGCAAACGGUGGGAGAAAGUUUUUAGACCCAUGUAGCCUACAAUUGCCUUUGGCUUCAAUUGGUUACCGAGGGUCCAGCCAACUGAAUUUUCAGAAUUCACCUUCUUGGCCAAUGGCAUCCACCUCUGAAGUCCCUGCACUUGAGUUUACAGCUGAAGAUUGUGGCGGUGCACAUUGGCUGGAUAGACCCGAAGUGGAUGAUGGCACUAGUGAAGAAGAAAAUGAAUCUGAUUCCAGUUCAUGCAGAACACGGAAUUCUGAACUGUGGUGUUGGAAUAAUGAUAAAUAUAGACCAGUCACCUAUAAUCAUGUGUGUAAUGGAGAGAGGGGAAUAUCUUUACAUAGGACUUCCAAUAGCAGUCAGACAUUAUCAUCCUGCCAUACUAUGGAGCCAUGUUCAUCAGAUGAAUUUUUCCAAGCCCUUAAUCAUGCUGAGCAAACCUUUAAAAAGAUGGAAAACUAUUUGAGGCAUAAGCAAUUAUGUGAUGUAAUUCUUGUUGCUGGUGAUCGCAGAAUUCCAGCUCAUAGAUUGGUGCUCUCCUCAGUCUCAGAUUAUUUUGCUGCCAUGUUUACUAAUGAUGUCAGGGAAGCAAGACAAGAGGAAAUUAAAAUGGAAGGUGUAGAACCAAAUUCACUAUGGUCCUUGAUUCAAUAUGCAUACACAGGCCGCCUUGAAUUAAAAGAAGAUAACAUUGAGUGCCUGUUAUCGACAGCUUGCCUCCUUCAGCUUUCACAGGUUGUGGAAGCAUGCUGUAAGUUUUUAAUGAAACAGCUUCACCCAUCCAACUGUCUCGGAAUCCGUUCCUUUGCUGAUGCCCAAGGUUGUACGGAUUUGCAUAAAGUGGCUCACAAUUACACUAUGGAGCAUUUCAUGGAAGUCAUUCGAAACCAAGAAUUUGUAUUAUUACCAGCCAGUGAAAUUGCAAAGCUCUUGGCCAGUGAUGACAUGAACAUUCCUAAUGAGGAAACAAUAUUGAAUGCACUUCUUACUUGGGUCCGUCAUGAUUUGGAACAGAGACGGAAAGAUCUUAGCAAACUUUUGGCUUAUAUUAGACUACCUCUUCUUGCACCACAGGAAAACAAGAAUGCUGAGUAUCAGGAAAUCUGUCGAGGCAAUCAUGACAAGUUCCUGGCAGAUAUGGAAAAUAAUGCACUUUUUCGAGAUGAUAUAGAAUGUCAGAAACUUAUCAUGGAAGCAAUGAAAUAUCACUUAUUACCAGAGAGACGACCCAUGUUACAAAGUCCUCGGACAAAACCUAGAAAGUCAACUGUUGGUACAUUAUUUGCAGUUGGAGGGAUGGAUUCCACUAAAGGAGCAACAAGCAUUGAGAAGUAUGAUCUCCGUACAAAUAUGUGGACACCUGUAGCAAAUAUGAAUGGAAGGAGGCUACAGUUUGGGGUUGCAGUGUUAGAUGACAAACUGUAUGUGGUCGGAGGAAGAGAUGGACUGAAGACUUUGAACACUGUGGAAUGCUACAACCCCAAAACAAAAACUUGGAGUGUGAUGCCUCCUAUGUCUACCCAUAGACAUGGCCUUGGCGUGGCUGUGUUGGAAGGCCCCAUGUAUGCUGUGGGGGGGCAUGACGGCUGGAGCUAUCUGAACACUGUGGAAAGAUGGGACCCGCAGGCUCGCCAGUGGAAUUUUGUUGCCACUAUGUCCACUCCUAGGAGCACAGUUGGCGUGGCAGUACUAAGUGGAAAACUUUAUGCAGUCGGUGGUCGUGAUGGAAGUUCUUGUCUCAAAUCAGUUGAAUGUUUUGAUCCUCACACUAAUAAAUGGACCCUGUGUGCACAAAUGUCAAAAAGGAGAGGUGGCGUGGGAGUGACCACCUGGAAUGGAUUGCUGUAUGCUAUUGGGGGGCAUGACGCUCCCGCAUCCAACCUGACUUCCAGACUCUCAGACUGUGUGGAGAGAUAUGAUCCCAAAACAGACAUGUGGACUGCAGUGGCAUCUAUGAGCAUCAGCAGAGAUGCAGUGGGGGUCUGUCUACUUGGUGAUAAAUUGUAUGCUGUUGGAGGGUACGAUGGACAGACUUACCUUAAUACAGUGGAGGCUUAUGACCCCCAGACAAAUGAGUGGACACAGGUUGCUCCACUGUGCCUAGGAAGAGCUGGGGCUUGUGUCGUGACUGUAAAAUUAUAAAUUAGUGCUUUGUUUCCUGAAUAAAGAAAUCUUCUUCCUUUAUGAAUUUGCUAUAAUUAUUCUACUAUCAGUGGAUACAUUUUUAGUAAAUUUGCAAUGUCACAUUCCUGGGCACAAAGUGCCUGAUCUCAAAGAGAAGAUAUUAGACACAAGUGGAUGACCCAGGUCAGUACUUCCACUUCAUAGUAAACUCAGAACUACAGCUGGGGGGGUUGUGAACAUACAUUCCUGAUGUAAAAAAUAAGGAAAAUGUACUUCUCUUUAAUACGACCCAGAGUUAACUGGGAAUUUCAUUUAUUAAUAAUCAAGCAUAUUUUAAUUAAAAUAUCCACAUUUCUUUUAUUAUAGUGCAAAUAUACUAGGUAAAGCUUUUUAAUGUUUUAAAAUUUCACCAUACAUAAAUUGCAGUAAUCUGUAUUCAUUUAUUUAAUGACAACACUAUUUUAAUGACAAACUAAAAAACUAUGCUGUAUUAUAUAUACUUUGGUUAUAUAUUUAAUAUCUAAAAUUGGCUCAGCCCAAUGAAUACAGAAAAUAAUUAAAUAGUUAAAACAACAACCAAAUGAAAGUUUGAUAUGAUCUCUGGGGUCUACUUAAAUAUGCAUUCUAUCUAGAUUCACCAAGAACUACAUGUUAUAAUAUUCUUAAAUGGGAACUGAAACAUGGUAUUUGCAUUAACUUUAGGAUAUGCAAAUUUGUGUAGAAAAAAAAUGAAUGUUAUAUACCCUAUAAUGUUCUUUCACCUAGUAUUUAUGUGAAUUUGUUUUCUUUUAUAUUAUGAAAGAUGCUUUGAUAUGUCAAAACUGUUUGGAUAUUCUUAUGUCCUCAAACCUGUAUCUGCCUCGCCUGCCUUGUUUUUAUGUUUUGCCACAGUUAGUAACCCUUUAUGCUUCUUUGUUAUCAAACAGUUUGGGGGGAAUGGGUUUAAUGAAUGUUUGCAAAAUAAGUUUAAAGUGUUUACUACCCAAAGUUUUGUAUAUUUGUAAACUCAGUUACAUAUGUGAAUGUCAAUACUCUCAGUGAAUUGUUUAUUGUUUGCAAAAAUUCACUGAGCAGUAACAUUUUGUGAUAAAUCCUGUAAGAUAUAAGUCAGCAACUUAUAUCUUAAUAUAAAGACGACAUAAACAAAAUCCUCAUCUUUUAAAGUUCGAUAUUGUGGUUAAUAGAUUUUUGUAUUUUAUAGUAAGGUUGCCUUUACUUUAGUUGCUUUCUUUAAAAAUUACUCUUCUUUUUUUUAAUGAGCUGAUGUGAAAUGCUUAUGAAAUGUUUCUACCUGGGAACCCAAGAAACUGAGAACUUCUAUUCCCAAAACAAAUCCUGUGAUCAUUUUACUGGUGUGACUGCUAAGAAGGCAAUGGUAAUAGUGAAAAAUGCAUAGUACACAUGUUCUUUAUGUUUUGAAUGUGAAUUCAGUUAUUUUCCAGACAAGAAGGGAUCGCCGUAGAAAAUAUUUAUGGGUUUCUAAGUAAAAAGAGAAGAAGAGAAAGUAUAAGAAAUAAAACAGUCCUCCUAAGACUGAAGACUCAUAAAAAAGAAGAAAUAUGGGUCUUCCUUAUACCCACUAUGCAGCCUGUCUGUUAGCCUGUCCACUGAGAUACUUAGCUGCUAUUUAUGUUAACUCCAAUUAAUGGCUACCUUACGAAGAGUAAUCUUUGCUAAUGAUUAUUGAAUGCCUGUUAUGAACUAGGAACCGAGUUCUUUGCAUGCAUGCACUUAGUUCUCACAACAGCCUUCUGAGAUAUCUUUUAUCCCAUAAAGGGUAGUGUCAUUCCCAUUUUACAGAUGAAGAAAUGAGGCACAAAGAGGUUAGCUCCAAGAUUACACAUAGUAAGUGACAGAGAUUACAGUGUGUGCAGUUUGCUUAGGAAUCCCACACCUUAUCAUUCCUGCUGCUAGGCAGAAACCAAAAGUUACAUUUUAUGUGAGGAGUCAUUUAUUUUUAUGAAAAGGGAAAUGAAGAUUUAGGUUUUUUAGAAGUAAAAUUUGUAACAGUCACACCCCUAUCAGAAAUAUUUGUUUCUUUAAUACUGGUGGGAGACGUAGGGUCAAAGGAUAAAUAGAUUUUGUUUUAAACUCUAACGGAAUUUUUUAGGAAAGGAAAUGCAAGAAAACAUGACAUACUUUUCAAAAAGUCUUCUAAAUAUUAAAUGAAUUACAUGCUAUUGAACCAUGAACAAAUUUAUUCAUCAAAAGUAAGAUGUAUUUUCAGUGAAUUGGGUAACCUAGACGAAAUGCACAAAACUUCAAAAUACAAAAAACCAAAACUGAUUCAAAAUAAAUUAAAAACCUGAGCAUAACUAUAGCCAGAAAGUUACUAGAUUAAUAAUAAAAAGUGCCAAGAAAGAAAGUUCAGAACUAGAUGGUGUCACUAGUUAAUUAUAUCACCAAACAUUUAAAGAAAAGCAUCAAUUCUUACUAAAUUCUUCAAAAAAAAAAAAACCUAGGAGUGAACACUUUUCUAAUUUACUAAUUCUAUAAAGCCACCAUUACCUUGAUAAUAAAACCCCAAAGAUACAAUAUAUACCAUACACUAAGAUUUAUUGCUUGACUACAGGGGAGGUUCAACAAAUGACUAUCAGUAAAAUAACAAGGAAGAAAACAUCAUCAUUUCAACUAAUAAAAAAAAAAAAAAACUUGACAGAAUUAAACACCCUUUCCUACACUUAGCAGAUGAGGGAACAAGAGAAAUUUCCUCAAUCUAUUAAAAGGCUUUUAUGAAAACCCCAACUAAAUAGUGAGAGAUUAGUUUUUCCCCUAAGAUCAGGAAAAUGCCCAUCUCACCACACUGCUAGUCAACAUUGUACUAGAAGUUCUAGCCAGAGCAAUUUAAUAGAUGAUAGAUAUAUAUAGAAAGAGAGAAUGAAUUUUGAUUUAAAAGCAUGUAACUAACUUGUUUCUACAUAAUGAAAAUCCUAAAGAAUCCACCAAAAAUACUUAUAGGUAAUAAAUUCAUGAUGUUGCAGGUUACACAAUCAACACACAGGUCUGAUUAUUCUCAUGUACUGACCAAAAAUUUCUGAGAAAGAAACUAAUAAAAUUUUGUUGAAAGAAAUUGAAAUGGGCCUAAAUAAAUGGAAAGCUACCCCAUGUUCUUUGGUUGGAAGAAUAAAUAACAUUAAAAUGACAUUAAAAUCCCCUAAAUUAGCCCAGGGAGUCAACGCAGUCCUGAUCUAAAUCCCGAUGGUACCUUUUUUGCAGAAUGGAGAAAAUUGACCAAAAAACGAAAAAUAAAAUAAACCCUAAACAAUCUUUAAAAAGCAAAGUUGGAAAUAUUUUUUUAUCUCAAAGUUUAUUACAGAGCUACAAUUACAACAAUAUAGUGUUAGUGUAAGGAUAAACAUAGAUCAAUAGCCUAAAAUAAAAAAUACAGUAGCAAGUUAUGAUCAAUAUGCCGUGGUCAACAGAUUGUCAACAAGAGUAUGAAGGCCACUCAGUGAAUAAAGAAUAGCCUCUUCAAGAAAUAAUUCUAGGACAACUGAUACAAGAGAAUGAAGUCAGACCCUUAUAUAUAGAACUACUAACUCAAAAUACAUCAAAUUCCUAAACAGAGUAUCAAAAACUCUAAGUAGAAAACUUUAACAUAAAUCAUGACCUUGGAUUUGGGCAGUGUUUUCUUAAAUAAGAUACCAAAAGCACAAACAAACGAUAAAUUGAACUUCAUCAAAAUAAACUUCUGUGCAUCACAGGACACUAUCAGUAAAGUGAAAAGUCAGCCCACAGAAUGGGAGGAAAUAUUCACAAACCAUGUCUGAUAAGAGUAGUUACCAGAACAUACAAGGAACAGGUCCUACACGCAACACCAAAAGCACAGGUAAUUUUAAAAUGAACUAAGGACUUGAGCAGACAUUAAUGAAUAUUAAGUCCAACAAACACAGGGAAAAUGUGAACAUUUUUUAAUCAUUAGGGAGAUGUGAAUCAAAACCACAAGAAGACGUCAUUUCACAUCAUUAUAAUGGCAAUAAUCGCAAAAACAAAAUAUCAAAUGUUGGAAAGGAUGUAGAGAAAUUUGAACCUUCAUUGUGGGUGGCAAUGUAAAAUGGUGCAGUUUCUGUGAUAAGUGGUAUGAUGACUCCUUAAGAAGUGAAAGGGAAUUACCAUAUGAUCCAGCACUUCCACUCCUGGGUACAUACCAAGAGAAAAAAAAAAAAACUGCUGCAAACUAGUGUUCCAAACAAAAUCUUGUGUGUGCAGUAACAGCUAAAAGGUAGAUCCCAAAUUUUCAUCAGGUGACACUGGAAAAACAAAUCAUACUAUGCACAUAUAAAGGGAUAUUUUUAGCCAUAAAAA